AUGCUAAUCGAAGAGACCUUUCACGACGUCAAGACCAGCUUCAACUCUAGUCUAAGACUUUACACCUUUUCGCCCAAACUUCAAGGCUACCCAAACGCCAAAUUUCCCGGAGUGCUAUGCUUUAGCGAAAUUUACCAAGUUACAGGCCCAGUUAGGAGAUUCGCGCAAAGAAUUGCUGCACGGGGUUAUGUUGUGGUGGCGCCUGCCAUUUACCACAAUUUUGUUGGGCCGGAGCCAUUGGCCUACGACGUCAAGGGAACAGACAUGGGCAACGAAUUCAAGAUUCAAAAGCCCUUGGAAUCAUACGACGAGGACACCAAACUGUGCUGUGAUUACUUGUACAGCCUGCCUCAGUUUGACGGCAAGAAGAUCGGAGCAACUGGAAUGUGUUUGGGAGGACACUUGGCGUUCCGUAGUUUACUGGACAAGAGGGUUAGCUGCGCUACCUGUUUCUUCCCAACAGACAUUCACUGCAAAACUUUGGGCAAGGGCCAGAAUGACGACUCUUUGCAACGCAUUUCGCAAGAAGCAUCGAAAGAUCAAGAGCUGGUGUUGAUAUUCGGGACUCUCGACACUCACGUUCCGCCUGAGGGCAGAGACCUGAUCCGCAAAGAAUUGAGGGAGCACGGCGUGAACUUUUCUUUCUUGGAAAUUCACGCUGCGCAGCAUGCCUUUAUCAGAGACGAAUCGAGUAAGGGUCGCUAUGAUGCUGCCAUUACUGAGAGUUGUUUGGGGUUUUUGUUCGAGCAAUUCAACAGAAAGCUUUCUCUAGAUUUGGGCGAGUUUGUAAGUGGUACUGGAAAGGUGGAACACGUUUGCUGA